AUGUUUCCUUCUCGACACCUGAUUGCGACGGGAACGGCACUGGGAGCUGUUGCAAUUGCCGAUAUCGUGAGUAUCGACCAGGCGCCACCUCGGAUGCCCCUCACUCAAGCGGACGCUCUCCCCAAGGUGUCUGGGCGCUACUGCGAAGGCGGACAUCGGUGCUCCGCCCCGAAGGAAUGCUGCGCCCAGGGCUGUUGCUAUCUCUACGCGCCGCCGAGUCCGCCGCGCACGGUGCCUCCGGCGGCGGAUCACGUGCUGAACCUCUUCUUCAUCAACCACUGGUACUUCUGGUGCCUCGUGCUGGCCAUCAUCCUGGCUCUCCUGUGCGCCUGUUCGCUGUGGAAGAAGCGCCGGCAGCUGUGCGGAUGGGGCGUCUCCGGCGCCGGCCACAGCACCCACUCAGAAGGUGAUUCCGCGGGCUCGUGCUACGCUCCGCCUCAGUAUAGCCGCUGCAGUUCCUUCCACCACGCUCCGCCACCCUACACGGAAGUCACCUCGAAGCCCGACCUGUAUCCGCUGGUGUUCUCUUGCAACGGCGACAGUGGCAAGAAUGGCGCCAACUACCUCAUGGUGCAGUACUUUCGCAACUACAUCGUGAGGCCGCUGGGCAGCAUCUCGGCCACCAGCACAGUGGACUCGCUCAGCUCCAGCUUCAUCUGCACAGUGAACGAGGCCAACAGUCUCGUGCCGCCGCCGUACUCGCGUGCCGCCAGUCCGGACGCCACCACCACCAUCUCCAUCAACAGAGCCUUCCCGCGCUCAGCCUCGCAGCACGCCACGUUCGCCGCAGAUCCGCACCACCUGCGGCCCGCCAACUCCGUGCCCGGCGUCAUGAACUGCGUCCAGCCGGGCACCAGUGAGGACGGAUCCACGCCGUGCCUGCGCUUCUCCGACAGCACCAACUUCCCCUACCUCUCGGGCGGAUCGCAGCACCAGCCCUCGCCCGGCACAGUCACACUGAACAUCUCUCAGAGCGAGCACCACAUCCAGGCGCUGGGCGCCGGUCAGAGCCUGGCCACGAGUGCCACCAGCGCGGCCAGCAACAAUGUUCUCUGCAGCCCUUCGGGACAAUCCGUUCCUGCUUCGGGAUCUGUGGAGAAUUUCCAUCAUCAGAACUACGAAGAUUUAAGUGCUUUGAGACGAAAUCUCGAGAAAUGUUGCCACAUUUUGCAGAAGCAGCACCCGUCUGGCCCGGCAAAGUUCCCCCUGACGCCGGGCGAGAAGUCUCCCAGUGCCCUGGAGGCGGGAUCGGAGCACUACGGCGGUCUCCGGACGUUUGUCAACUCCAACAUGGACUCGGCCGUGUCGAGUUUGACCAACAUCGAGAGCCCCAUGUCGCCGCCGCAGGCCAUCAGUCCCACGGACGAAGUGCGCGAGUUGCUGGAGCAGAUCAAGCAGCUGCAGAGCACGACGUCGGCCCUCGAGGCGACCGAGGGUGGCUCGAGGAGUGACCAACGCAGAUCUGGCCCUCCUGGACAGCAUGCCGAGUGUGUUGUCACGCCGGAGACGUACACCGUGGGCACGCGCAGGAGUCUGUUCGGCAAGUCCACAAAAUCCGCGUACAUUCCCUUCUCGUCGGUGAGGGAGACCCAGCGCAGUCCCACGGGCCAGCGCCCCACGAGCUUCCUCAUCCUCGCCAAGGGCUACCCCUACUCGGGCAAGAGGAGCUGGAUAUCGCGAUCGGCACCGACGACGCCGGGCACCGCCCUGCCAACGACAAAUCAACUCACCGAGGACAGUCCGCUCCUCGAUGAGCACGACGAAGAGGAGCAGAACGUGUAAAGGAACCCCAGUUUGACCCCGCCCCUCCCU